GUACUGUAAUGAACAAGAGAGGGCGCUAUUGCACAGACAGUCGUCAUUCAGCUAGUACAAACGUCAACAAACACUUCCUGUCUGUUUGUCUGGUCUGACGUACUAGGUUUGAGACGGAAAUUCGAUGUUAUUUGGACAUGAACCGUACUACUAGGUGACUGAGAAAUGGCACAAUACGUGUACGUGUACUAGACGCUUGUCUCGUCAAGAUUUGCAUGAACUUUGCAUAUUACCAUGGCAACAGCCGGCAAGCCUGCUUUGACUGCAGAGCCGCUGUUGGACGUCAGCCAGUAUGAGAAGAUGGGGCCAGGGGGCUUGGAGACAAAGCACAAAAUUCUGUUGGGUGCAGGUGUGCUUGCGAAUGAGGCAGAGUCAUCAUCCUCAACAUCAGGUGCAGACCCCCAAAGACAUAGGAGAAAGAAGAAUCGUCCAGUCCAGUAUCGCCCCACGGACAACUUGGUUGUGACAACACAGAGCGCUCUUACUGUAAACCCAAACCGUGACUCAACAGAGUUUCCCGCAACCCUCUCAAGUACAUCAUCCAAUGAUAGAGUGUCACCCACUGGUCCACCAAGACAGCUGGAAUUAGAAGGGGUCAAGGGUCAGGAGUCACAAGCAAUAUUGCCCUCUGGUGAUCAUCCUGAAGCGCCGCCAGUCAACACGAUAGGCAUUGCUGACGUCCACAGAACCAUAGCCAGACAGCUAGAGCAAGCCUCUGCUAUUGCAGACAGUGAACACCAGCCCUGCCCCUUUUGCUCCUACAUCUUCAGUAGUGUUGGGUUUCUUGUGGGGCAUCUUAAAUACAGACAUGGAAUCAAUUUGGAGAUGCAGAUCGGCAUGCCCACUGAAACCAAAGAAUUUGCCCAUGAAACUCCACACAAACCUGCCACCAGCAACAGUCAGCAGGAACCAAGCACCAACCCACUUUCUGUACUGGACUCCUGUCCUGAUGAGUCCAACUGCAUGGACAUACAAACAGAGAAUGGUGAAACCCAGAUUCGAUCCUCAAAUGGAGAUAGUGUUAAUACAGCAACACACAUCAACCAAUCAAAUCAAACUGAGGUCAAUAGGACAGGGGUGGAAGGUCAGAUGAUAGAAUGCGCGAAGGAGUUGAUGCUUCAGAGGAUGGGUCAACUCAUGGGGCCAAAGAUGAACCAGGUCGCAGCUGACAGCCAGCCCAGUCAGUCCAUCAUCAUCUGUGACAUGUGCACACGCGCUUUUACCAAUCUGGAUGACCUGCAGGAACACCAACGCAUCCACAAUGUGGCCAAGACCUAUGAGUGCCAGUUUUGCCAGAAGCUGUUCCAGAACCACAGCAGCCUGAAGAAGCACACCAAGCUACAUACAGACGGGAAAAUCUACGCCUGCAACUACUGCGACAAGUCCUUCGCUGCUGCUGCCUACCUCAAGACCCACCUGCGGGUUCACACCAAGCAGAAGCCUUUUGUCUGCAAGCACUGCGGGAAGGCCUUCGCUGCCAGCGGCACCCUCAUCAGCCACGAGAGGAUUCAUAUCAACGAUAAGCCUUACGGCUGUGAGGUUUGUGGGAAGCGCUUCCGGCAGGGCAGCCACCUGAACAGGCAUAAGGUCAUUCACACAAACUUGAAACCCCAUGUGUGCGGUAAGUGCAAUAGAGCGUUUGCUGAUGUCGCCAACCUCCGUCGCCAUGAGCGGAUCCACAGCCAGGAGAAUCCAAACGUCUGCGGGGAGUGCGGCAAGAGUUUCAUCAACCUGAGCAGCCUCAAGAAGCACGAGCGACUUCACACCAAUGAGAAGCCCUAUAUCUGCAGACACUGCAGCAAGCCAUUUGCCUCCAGCGGGAAUCUCAUCAGCCAUGAGCGUACCCACACCAACGAGCGUCCGUAUAUCUGCAAGGAGUGUGGCAAAGCUUUUACUCAGAGCAGCCACCUCAAGGCUCACAUGGGAACCCACUCCACUGACAUUUUGUACGUCUGCAAGGACUGCGGCCGGGGUUUUACCCAGCGCAGCACCCUUUGUGUCCACGAACGCAUCCACUUAAAUAAGAGGCCCUACGUAUGCAAAGUUUGCAACAGGGCCUUCACUCAGAGUGGAACCCUGAAAUCACACAUCCGCACCCACACUAAGGAGAAAGCCCACAUCUGCAAAGUCUGUGGCAGGGCCUUCUCUGCCAGAGGAAAUCUAAGAAGCCAUGAGCUCAUCCACACGAACGAGAAACCUUUUAAGUGUGGUGCAUGCCCUAAAGCUUUCAAGCAGGGAAGCACGCUGCGAACUCACGAGCGAACUCACACAAAUGAAAAACCCUAUGUGUGCCAUGCUUGUGGGAAAACGUUUGCAGAUAGGGGCAACCUUAGAUCCCACACAUUGAGAAUUCACUCCAAGAGCACCGACUUAGAUCUGGGAGUUUUGCAAUCAGAUGACCAGCUUACUGAUGCGGUGCUGACACAACAAAAUCCCAACACAGAGGAGUUGUAUCCAGUAAAUGAGUUUAAUGAUCUCAGAACAGACGCUGGUGACAGCUCUCAGUCACCUACUGGAAUCAAGAUCAAGAAAACCGUGGAUGGAUUGACCUCAAUGUUAAGAUUCAAUAAGGAAGGGAACAUUGCUGUAGAUGACUCAGUUCACCACAAAUCAAAAGUGAAAUCUACCCCCACUGAUGAUCAGACUGACGAAACUCUCACAAAUGUACUAGAAACAGCAUCACAAAACGAACAAGUUGCCAACAAUCUAGAUGAUAAGAUGUCAAAAUCCUCCACAAUCAAAUCUGACGAGUCCUUAAAUUCCUUGAGGAUUAAUCCAAGGGGAGCGUUAUACAGCCAUUUGCCAGAUAGUCAGCCUCAUCAGAGCUUCACCGACAGUGCCCUUGAUCUGUCAAGUGGGCAGGAAAGCUUGAAACAAGCAGGAGAAGCCAUUCCGGAUGGUUUGAACGUUAACAAACACAACAUUCAAACCUUUGAAGAGAGAACACGCAGUCAGGACAGAGGUGCUGUUCACUUGCCCCAGUCACAUCAUCAGCCUGAACCUGUUGGAGAAACUGAUCAAGUACCAACACUCAGUGAUGAUGAUUUUACGUUUGAUGAGGAUGAUGAUGAUGAUCUUGAGAGUCUGCCAAUAGCAAGUGAUCGGAACAACUCAGACUCUGAACUACUUCCUUAUGAAGAAGAGCAUACGGCUAAUACAAACCUCCAAGACAGUUGUACAAUGGAAUUUGUAGUUGACAAUCGUCUAAGAAACAGAACUUCCAUGACCAAACAGCUUGUGAUAGGCAGGCAAAGCCAUGUGGAAGACCUAGAGAUUUCAAGAAUUAUUCCACUGAACUGAUUGGGCCAAGUACAUAUGUACAUGUGUCUUCAGUUAACGGUUUGGAACUAUUUCAUUUCCUUUGUGUGCCCCGUUUAUUUUGUGAGUGCCAUUUAGAAAUGAAUUGGUACAUAUCCAGUAAGGUAUACACUUCGUUCAUCAACAAGUUUGCGCAAAUAGCUUCGCUAAAUUCCCUUGAUAGAGGAAUUUUAAUUACCUUUACUCUUUUGAAUGAUUUGGCAGAAUACAGAUUUAGUUAUCCUCCCUGUGAAGUGUAAUUGUUGAAGUGCAUGUAAACACAGCUCCUUUAAUUGAAGCAAGUGCUGGAGGGUGCAAUAAAUAAGCAACGUUAAUGAAUUUUAAAAAAAAAGUUGGUGCAUUAACAUCGCACUUGUAUAACAUGCAGUUUUGUGUAAUGAGGGCAUGUACAUGUACAGUACAUUGACAAAUCCAUGUGAUCAUUGCACACUUACCAGGUCUCCUUCAAUAUAACGAAAGGAUUGAGCCAACUAUGAUAUACAUGUACAAUGUGCAUGUUGUGCAAAGCUGCUGCCCAAUGAUGCAUAAAGUUAAUGUAAUCCUUUCACAUUUAAAGCGAGUAAAAUGGUCGAGAAUAUGUACUAGAUUCCCUUUUACACAGGGCUGCGACCUUUCGGCCUCCCUGGUACUUGGGUGACCAUAAAACUGGCCAGGUCGCCGUUGGAGGCUCAAAGGAGGCCGAAUGGUUGCCAUGGUCGUUCGAAGGUGGUACACAGGAUGUAAAUUUUUGAACAUGUUCAUAACAGUCGCACAAAGGUUGCGAGGAGGUUGGUUGCUUAAAAGUGGCUCAAAUGAGGCAGGAGGCACAAGCAUUGCCGUGGUUGCAGAAUGGAUGCAAAAUGCUCGGCCAAUGGUCACCACGUAAUACAUCCGUUCUGUUGCAAAUUUUACCGUCAAUCUGGGCGAUGCUUGUGCCUCCUUUGCCCGCUGAAUAGCGUUCAUUGAACGAUGACUGUGGCGACCGCUGUGCCUCCAUUCGGCGACCACGGCAACCCUUGAGCCACCAUGGCCGUAGGUUGCACAGGGGAAGCACAGGGGAGGCAGAGAAGUGGUUCAGUGGACGCACAGGUCGCUCGUAGCUCAACAUGAAAAUGCCCGAAAAUUGCAGGGUUUUUAGUUCAAGGGAGGCACAAGGAUCGCUGGAGCAGUUACAUAGAAACAGGAUUUUCAGGGAUUAGGCGACCAUUGAGCGUCCUGACCAUUUGUUUGGUCGCUCAUGAGGUGGUGAAAAGGUCACAGCCCUGUGUAAAGGGGGCCUUAAUACUGAAAUGCGUGAAAGAUCCUAUAAUCAACACGUGUGGGUUGAUGAGACCUAUAUCAUUUGUUUCUGUUGUGUGUAAUUCAUGACAUGCCUUUCUAGUUAUUUGUCAUUAUUUUGAUGAAACAUAACAAUAGAAAUGUUCAACUCUGAGAAACAAUGACACUAUUGAUGUAUACCUGAAGUUACACUGAAAGGAAAAUUGAUGUAUUUACAUGUAUUGUCUCAUCUAUUUGUUUCCAUUGUUGUUGAUGUUUUUUUCUCGGAAAGAAAAACGAACUAGAAACUCAAAGCACAUUACUCUGAACUUUGAAUCUUCAAAUACUGUCUUUCCUUAUGCCCAAACUCUUCCGGUUCGUGUAUGCAAAGGCUUCAAUUCAGUUCAGUAGACAUUUAUUUUGAACUCUGAUCCAGUAAACCAAGGUCAAUAGUAUAAAGUGUAAUACAGUGAUAUUUAAGUAAAGAACAAAAAUGAAUAAAUUAGAAGUUUGAGGGUACACCAUGUGGAAAGAAAUCUUGGAAGAAGUGUGGUUCUGCAAAGAACCAGUUAUUUCUUUUGACAUGGUGUUAUUACCUGCAUGCCAACUUUCUAAUUCAUCAUCCGCCAUGCAAAGCUUCUAGUCAUUUUAACCAAAAAUGAGGGUAUAUACCACCGGUAACAAAAUAAUACUUUGAAGCUGAUUCAUUAAAUCAAAGAAAAAUCUGGCUUAACAUUCA